AUGGAUCGCUUUAGAUAUGACGGUGAUACGUCUGCGUCAGUAGAGUUGACAGAUGAACAGCAAGCCCAGAAAGCUGUCCAGGUACUCAACGGCAACGACUCCCUCGGCAGCCCGGUGUAUCUGAGGCCCUUGAACCCGGAAUUCGAUUGGGACGCUUUCCACACAGCGGAUCGCACCUACUCCCGCUUUGUCCGCGAAGACGAAGCUGGAACUAGGAAAGCAGUCCAACCCUUUAUCGAAGGCCGUCGUGUUCGCAUCGCUGUCAAAUCACCUGCUUGGGGCAACAAAGGCGAGUCGCCAACUCAGCGCCGUGACACAGAUUUGAAAGCCCUAGAGCGUGCCUUCGAUCGGUUUGGCAUCGAGUCGAUCAGUCGGCUAACCCCCCAGUUCGGACACACGACCUACCAACCCAAGUUCUUCUGCCACAUCGACUUCACUACCAAGGAAGGCGCCGAUGAGGCCAUCCGCGCGAUCCAUGAUACAGAAAUUGAGGGCGUGCUCGUCUGGGCGAAGCGCUCCGAGGUCGACUCGACCAAAGCGUUCCAGAUCGGAAAGGUGGACAAGGGCUUGUUGGUUGAACUGCAAGAAAAGGGCCUGGCGCCACCGGAUUCAGAGAUUCACCCAGAUUGGGUAUCAAAAUCCGCAAAGAAGGACCCAAUGAACUUUGACCGUCACCGGAAUUGGCAGGAUAAGACCAGGCCACCUCACAAGCGUGCUUAUCGCUCGAAAUACGAGACGGUGGAGACAGCAGCGGAGUGA